UGGCUGUAGCACAAUGAGACUCUCUCUCAAACACACACACACACACAGAGAGAGAGAGAGGGGGCAUGGUAGCUAUGCUACCUGUAUAAAUCAGGGCAAGUGUGGUUGCUCCCCCGGUGGUGGUGGACUGGUGGCCUGGCCUCACAAGUCACAACCGGCUGAUAGGUGCAGAGCGAUCAAAAGUGGAGCUAUAGCAAGCGAGAAAAGGAAACGCCUAGCUACUUCUCUCGUCUAGCUACUUCCAUUCCAUCCAUCCAUUUCCAGAUUCUAGUCGCCCUUCAACUAGCUUAUUAGUAGCUAGCUUGAAACCAAGUGCUAGUGCAGCUCCAGCAUGCAGCGAGCUACUGUAUAAUUAUGAUCUCUGAAAAGUGACGGAACGAAGCUAGCAAAGCCAAGCAGAGCAGCUCGCCGGCCGGCCGCCCCGUACAAGGGUUGAAGUGAAGCUUCGUUCUCUGUAUAUAUAGUAGUAGCUCCCAUCCCAUCCCACUUCGGAGCUCAGCCACAGUCAAGCUCUUCUGCUGGCUGCAAUGGAGGAGCAGCUCAGCCCGCUGGCCGUGACGCACCUGCUCCAGCACACGCUGCGCAGCCUCUGCGGCCACGACGACGCGCAGUGGGUCUACGCCGUCUUCUGGCGGAUCCUCCCCAGGAACUACCCGCCCCCAAAAUGGGAUCUCCAGGGCGGCAUAUACGACCGGACAAGAGGGAACAGGAGGAACUGGAUCCUGGCAUGGGAGGAUGGAUUCUGCAACUUCGCAGCCUCUGCUUGUGACCACCACGAGGGCGCAGCUGCUCCUGUCGCCGCCGCCGCCGCGGCGGCCUACACGGAGUGUGCUACCGGGCAGGAGGCCGCCACGGGCCUGCAGCCUGAGCUCUUCUUCAAGAUGUCCCACGACAUCUACAACUACGGUGAAGGGUUGAUAGGGAAAGUGGCAGCCGACCACAGCCACAAGUGGGUGUUCCAGGAGGCCCAGGAGCACGAGAUCAACCUCAUCUCCUCCUGGAGCAACCCUGCCGACUCUUAUCCGAGGACAUGGGAGGCUCAGUUCAAGUCUGGUAUCAAGACCAUCGCUCUGAUCGCCGUCAGAGAAGGCGUCGUGCAGCUUGGCUCCAUGAACAAGGUGGCGGAGGACCUGAGCUACGUGGUGAUGCUGCGCCGGAAGUUCGGCUACCUGGAGAGCAUCCCGGGGGUGCUGCUGCCGCACCCGUCGUCGUCCGCCGCGUUCCCGGCGGCCGGGUGCGCCGCCGUCGCUGGCCCCGCCGCGGACGCGGCAUGCAGCUGGCCGCCGGGACUCGUCGUGCCGCCGCCGAUGAUGGAGCUCUACGACCCCUACGCCCACCAGGCGGCGGCGGCGGCGCAGAUGCACAUCGUGCCGUCGAUGAGCAGCCUGGAGGCGCUCCUGUCGAAGCUGCCGUCGGUCGACCCUGCAGCAUCCGGCGGCAUGGCGGCGGCGAUGGCCAGCAAAAUAGAGGAGACGGCCGGCGGCGUGGAGCACGGCGAGCGCCACGGCGGCAUGGCCGACGAUGACGACGGGGCCGCAGGCGGCAGCGGCCGCGGCGUCGCAGGCAACGGCGGCGAGAGCACCAGCGUUGCUGCCGCUGCCGCCGCCACUACUACGACUGCGGCCGCCGCAGUAUCUUACUACGUCAACGUGGCCAAGCCCAGCGAGGGAUUCUAGCUAGUCCGUCUCCGCGUCUCAAGUUGGCGCCGCAUGCACGCGCCGAUCAGCUGCGCGUAGGCGUCAGGGGGCGGGCAGGCAUGGUAGUUGCGACGUCUUUUUUCCUUAGAGGGGCGCGCCGCGCGCGUUGCAUGAUUACUCUACAUGGAGCCAAUCAUGUGUCGUGCUCUGUACGUACGUGUCCCUUGGAGUAGCCGUACCUCGACGUACGUACGUACAGUACGUGCGUGUACUGUACUACCCGAUCAAUCAAAACGGCUAUAAAGGUCGGUCGACAGAGGCACCACGUAGCUAGCUUGUAGCCUAGUAGUACAUUCAGUGUGGUCGGCAUGUAUAUUGAACGUAUGUAUCUGUGAUGCAGUGCUAGCUAGCAUAUCAUCACCUAAUCGAAGGGCAUUGGCAUGCACCACUGAUCAUCGAUCCGUACAGUAAUAGUAGCUAUUUUGUUCUGGAAAA